GUGACAAAAUGAAAAGCAAAGAGAAGAAUAAAGAGCGUCUUUGUAACGGAGAGAUAUUCUUUAUUAAACAUGACGUGACAGAGGAGGAGGCGGGCUCACAGCGGAACAGGAAGCAGAGGUACUUGACUCUGGAUGAUGGUGACGGACGGACGCUGUGUGUUUCCUUCAGGGAGCUGCAGAGAGAAUGUAAACUGCAACACGCCUGGGCUAGGACCAUACACACCUUCCAGGGGUCGGAGACCGAGACCAUUGUGUACGUGCUGGGAAACGGCAGCGUCCAGACGUGGAAGCACGUGUACACGGCUGUGACACGGGGGGACAGAAGCGUGUAUAUGUCAUAG